CAGCAGCAGGUGAGUCGCAGUUGCGCUUCCUUUCGCCUUCGGCGAGGAUCGCCGUCUCCUCUCCCCAACCCACGGUGGCCUUCGCGGAACCUUCUUCCGCCUCUCCUCCACCUCCCGCCCCCGGCCUUCAAAAUCAAAACCAGCCACCCCCAACCACCGCCGUCCCGGAUCCCCCAUCCCCUAGGCUACCAGCAGCUAGCUAUUCCAGCCGCCGUCUCGCUUCAGGCGUCCACUGCUCUGCUCCCCAAGUCAAACAAGUCCGGUUCCCAAUUCCCCCACGCCAAGUAAAAAUCCUCCUCCGAUUUCCACCCCUUCCGUGUUCCGCCCACCGCCCCGCACCACCGCCGCCGCCGAGCGACGAGCGAAGCCAAGACGGCCACCAUGUCCGCCACGCCGGAGGACUUCCUGGCGGCGCAGGAGGGGGCUGCGCCGUACCUGGCGGCGCAGGAGCCAUUCUCGCCCUCCGUCUUCCUCGACCUGCCCCCGACGCCGCCGGGGCGCCCGACCCACGACCACGACGACGACGACGACGACGACCCGGACCUCGUCCUCCCCUUCAUCUCCCGGAUGCUCAUGGAGGAGGACAUCGACGACAAGUUCUUCUACCAGUUCCCCGACCACCCGGCGCUCCUCACCGCGCAGCAGCCCUACGCGCAGAUCCUCUCCGACUCGGCCACCGCCUCCUCUCCGUCCGAAGAUUCCUCCAACGCCGCCGCCACCGCAACUACAACUAGCAGCAGCGGCACCUCGCGGACCGCCGGCGUCAACUCCACCCUCUCGCCCUCCUACGACGCCCCCGCGUCCUCCCCCGACCCCGCCUCCUGGCCGCCCUACGACGACCCAGUCUACCUCUCCGACCUGCUCCGCUCCCCGCCGUACCCUUCUCCUGACAUGGGGGUUGGCCUCGACGACUUCGCUGGACUCUUGUCGCCGGCGGCACAAGGACAGGAUGCCGCCCCCGCGGCACGAUUCGACUUCCAACAGAGUCCGCCGUUCUCGGAUGGCGGAGAAGGAGGAGGAGGAGAAGAAGACCAACGGCAGCAACCCUCCUUCGCCGCCCAGAGAACUGGCGGAGCCCAACAUCAGCGUGGCAGCCAGAGCUCCGCCGCGUUCUCCAGUGACAAGGAUGAAGAGGAGGAGACGAAGACAGAGUCCACCACCUUUCCUGCUGCCGACGCCGACCACGCCGCGCUGGCCUCGGCCUUCUUCGGCGCCCAGAAUGAGGGAAACAUGGACAUGCUCAACAUGGCGUUCCUCAAAGGCAUGGAGGAGGCCAAGAAGUUCUUGCCCACCACCAACAGCCUUCUCAUCGACCUUGACGAACCCUCUGGCAAAUCCUUGCCUAAAGACAGACACAGCAAGACCUCCACUGACUUUGCUGCUACCCAAGUCCAAGUGAAGGAGGAGGAGGAGCAGGUGGUGAAUGCAAUAUCAAUAUUUGGGGGAAGCAGAAGCGCCAAUGGCAGGGGCCGCAAGAACCGCCACGCCGAGGAGGAUGAUUUGGAGGCGGAGACAGGCAGGAGCAGCAAGCUGAUGAUGCCGGAGCAGGAGGAAACCGGUGCCAACGAGCUGUACAAUGAAAUCAUGAAUUGUACCUAUGAGUCGUUCUUGAAGCGCAUGGAUGACCUGCGCAUCGCCAUGGGCAGUGAGACUGAGAAGAGCGCGAGGAAGGUCAGCAGGAAGGGGGCUCGGGGGAAGCAGAGUCUCGUGAACGAGGUCGUCGACCUGCGCACCAUGCUCAUCCAUUGCGCGCAGUCGGUGGCCACCGGCGAUCGCCGGAGUGCGACCGAGGUGCUGAAGCAGAUCAAGCAGCACUCCUCGCCCCGAGGGGACGCCACACAGAGGCUGGCUCAUUGUUUCGCCAUGGGACUGGAGGCACGGCUUGCUGGCACGGGGAGCCAGGCGUACCAGUCGCUCAUGGCACAGCACACCUCGGUCGUGGAUUUUCUCAAGGCAUACAGGCUGUACGUGGCAGCCUGCUGCUUCAUGAAGGUGAAUUUCAUCUUCUCCCACAUGACAGUUGUCAACGCCGUGGUAGGGAGGAGCAAGUUGCACAUUGUGGAGUAUGGUGUGCAGCAUGGAUUCCAGUAUCCAGGUUUGUUCCAUCUACUGGCAAGGAGGGAAGGUGGACCGCCAGAGGUGAGGGUCACCGCAAUUGCCGUCCCACAGCCUGGGUUUCGCCCAGCCCACCAGAUUGAAGAAACAGGCCGCCGUCUCAGCAACAUUGCCCGUGAGAUGGGCGUGCCAUUCAAGUUCCGUGGUAUUGCAGCAAAGUGGGAGGCUGUCCGUGCUAAGGACCUCAAUCUUGAUCCGGAUGAGGUGCUUGUUGUCAACAGUGAGUGCUAUAUCGGCAACCUGAUGGACGAGAGCGUUUUGGUGGACAGCCCGAGCCCUAGGGACACGGUCCUCAACAACAUCCGGGAGAUGCGGCCCAAUGUGUUCAUCCAUACCGUAGUAAAUGGAACCUAUGGUGCACCAUUCUUUUUGACACGGUUCCGGGAGGCACUCUUCUUUUUCUCGGCACAAUUCGACAUGAUCGAUGCGACCAUCCCCAGGGACAAUGCUGAACGUCUGCUGAUCGAGCGGAAUAUCUUUGGGUCAUUUGCCAUGAAUGUGAUUGCUUGUGAGGGUGCAGACAGGGUGGAACGGCCUGAAACUUAUAAGCAAUGGCAGGUGCGAAACCACAGAGCUGGGCUCAGGCAGCUACCACUGAAUCCAGAGGUUGUCAAGGCUGCCAGGGACAAGGUCAAGAUCUAUUAUCACAGAGACUUCCUCGUCGAUGAGGAUAACCGGUGGUUGCUGCUUGGAUGGAAGGGACGCGUGCUCUAUGCCAUGUCGACAUGGGUUGCUGAGGAUAAUAAACCCAUCUUUUAGUGCCUGAAUCCAACUAUAGGUAGAAACAGUUAGAGCUACAUAGGUUGUAGAUAUAGUUCUUGAUAUACUGCAGAGUUGUAAUAAUCUACUAUGUACAAUGUACACUAGAAUUAAAACCUUGUAGUUGACAAGUGGUUACAUGUUUGACCUCUGAAGGCUUAAUAAACCCUGAAAAGUAUCUAAUGAUGCCUGAUAUGAAGGUAGAUGGUCUAUGUUUAAACUAUGAUCCAGCAACCUGUGGCUCAGUGGACUUAUGUUUCCACUUUCCAGAGGGUUUAGUGCAGAAACUUGCCAGGUAGAAAUAAGUAGAUGCUUAUAGCUACAUAGGUUGUGGAUGUAGUUCUUGAUAUACUGCAGAGUUGUACUAUUAUAUACUAUGUACACCAGAAUUUGUAAUGGUAUACUAUUUACACAAGGAAUUAAACCCUGUUGCUGACAAGCAAUUUUAUGGGCUACA